AUGGCGACGCUAAUAGUUCGACGCUUCUUGUCUCGCCCUCUCUGCAUCCUCCCUGUGUCAAGGCGUGGCUAUCGCGGGGAUUCGCCGUCGGACUCUGGCCGGGACCUGCUGGAGAUUCCGCUGCCACCCUGGCAGUCUAGGCCCCACGAACCCUUGGAGACCAAGCGCGCCAGGCUGUUGUAUGAGAGUCGCAAGAGGGGCAUGUUGGAAAACUGCCUUCUGCUCAGUUUCUUUGCCAAAGAAAAUCUGAAUAGAAUGAAUGAAGGACAGCUGGACCUUUAUGACCGCCUGAUUAACGAGCCUAGUAAUGACUGGGAUAUCUACUACUGGGCAACAGAAGCAAAGCCGGUUCCAGAAGUCUUUCAGAAUGAAGUCAUGGAAAUGCUUAGGGAGUUCACCAAGAACAAGAACAGAGAGCAAAGACUGCAACAGCCGGACCUGGAGUAACUCUUUGA